AUGGGAUUUAUUCCAGAUAUACAAUUGGCACCAAAUCAACCUUAUUCUCAAUUAAUUAAAAUACUAGCAGAAGGAGUUUAUGAUAUAUUCGUUGGAUUUGGUAGCGGUUUUUAUGCUAAUUUAGUGUCUGAUCUAACAUCAUCAAAAUUAGAAGAUAAUAUCUCUGGAAUUGAUGGUGUCAAAAAUGAAAAAAUCCCAUUUAGUUGUAUAAGAAUUUUUGCUGGUUCAUCAAUUGAAGGUUAUUAUGUACACGAAAGAUCUGAUAGACGUAGAAAUUUUUAUACAAGUGUAUUCGGUAUUGUUCUUCCUAAACAAUAG